UACGUCUCCAAUGACUACACAUUUGCAUAACAUGAACAUUUAAAUAGGGCCCAGUCCAUCCCCAUUCCCUCGAGCUCAUUUCUACUUCCAGACCCGAGAAGAAGAGUAGGAAAGAAGACUCCAGAGGACAGUCUCAUCGUGAUCGUCCUGACAAGAAACUCGGAGUAACAUGUUGAAGUUGCUGGCGUCAAGUUCCCGGAUUCUCUGGGAGAAGGGUCUGCCCAACUUACAGAGGUUGACAGCUGCAGUACCAAUAGUUAUCGCAAGAUGUCAGCAUUCCCCAACAGGCCAGGGGUCAGGUCCAGCAUCAGUAGGGGGUCUAGGUUCCCUACCGAAGUACGACAUGACGGCUCGGCUCUUGGACAUGCAGAACGGGCAGAAGGUCAAACCGACCUUCUCAGUGGAGGAACUCCAGAGAAGGCUGGACAGGCUGCGUGCUCUCAUGCUCAGCAGUAAUAUAGAUGCAGCUCUCUUCACUUCCUAUCAUAACAUCAACUACUACUGCGACUUUCUGUACACUUCAUUCGGUCGGACCUACGGGCUGGUCGUCACCAUGGACAAGGUGCUCUUCUUAUCCCCAGCCGUUGACGGCGGUCAGCCCUGGAGAAGGACGCAGAUCGGUGAGAACGUCGUCUACACCGACGUCUGGCAGCGGGACAACUUCUACCACGCAGUCCAAGCGGAGCUAGCCGGGCGAGGCCUCAUGACGCUCGGCGUGGAGUUUGACGACAUGACGCUAGAUGGCUUCACGAAGCUGAACCUCGCUGUGCCCGACAUGCAGAAAGUAGACAUAGGGAAGCCUGCCAUGCGCCUGCGCAUGAAGAAAUCGGACGAGGAGAUCGCACUCAUCAGAGAGGGCGCGCGUAUUGCCGACCUGGGCGGGUGGGCUGUGGUGGAGGCGCUAGAAGAGGGCGUGCCUGAGUAUGAGCUGGCGAUGCAAGCCUCCAACACCAUGAUACGGGAAGUGGCCAGGGCCUACCCGCAUGGAGAACUCAUGAACACUUGGGCCUGGAUCCAGUCAGGGAUCAACACUGACGGAGGACACAAUCCUCUGACGUCACGGCGCGUGCGCAAUGGAGACAUCAUGUCACUCAACACCUUCCCCAUGAUUGCUGGGUACUACACUGCCUUGGAGAGGACAUUGUUCUUGAACCACGCCUCCGACGCACAUCUUGCUAUCUGGGAGAUCAACAGUAAAGUACACCGGCGGGGCCUGGAGCUGAUCCGACCGGGAGCGCGCUGCUGUGACAUCGCCGCUGAGCUGAACGAGAUCUACCGGGAACACGGGGUGUUGAAGUACAUCCCCAUCGGCUACGGACACUCCUUUGGCUCUCUCUGUCACUACUACGGGAGGGAAGCAGAUUUGGAGCUGCGAGAAGACAUCCCGACCGUUCUCGAGCCCGGGAUGGUCGUCUCCAUGGAGCCGAUGAUCAGUAUUCCAGAGGGCAUGCCGGGAGCGGGCGGUUACCGGGACCACGACAUCCUGGUGGUGACGGAGGACGGGGCGGAGGACAUUACAGGCUUCCCCGUUGGUCCGGAACACAACAUCAUCAAGAAGACAUAGCCAUGCCCGUAUAAGGCAUUAGUAAGGUCGUCAAAAUAAUCGUUAUUAGAACAUCAGCCGGAUGUAAUCGAAUAAAGGAUGAGCUUGUUACAUUAAAAGACAUAAUUACCUGCUUGAAAAACAA